AACUGCCAUUCAACCGCCAACUCCAAGUCCACCGACAAUCGUUUCCAGUCACCCAAUUUUAUACCCUCCAACAAUUAGUGUAAUAAAUAAUUCCUGCCAAUUGUGAAGUGUCGAAAUGCAGAUGUUGUGAUUAAUGCGUCUUCUGUUAUUGUGGAAAUUAUUAUCCAAGACUGAUAAUUCGUGGGACGAAAAUAUAAGGACCUCUUUACCAAUUCAAGAUGGAGUCACGCCUGCCGAAACCCAAGAUAAACCUCUCCAAAUCCGUCAUGAACUCGGAGCAGAUCUCGAAGGUUUCAUCGUUAAAACCGAGCACUGCGGGUUUACCCUCUCAUUCGGUCAGCACAUCUGACAUUUCCAAGGACCCUAACUUCAAAGUUCCCAAGGAAGUUCCCUCCACGCGGCCCAACACCACCUUGAGAACUCUAGGAAAGCAGAAGACGACGAUGGGUCUGACAAAAAUCACCAAUGAGAAUAAACCUCCAAUUAAGUCUUCCCUCCGUCGUUCUCGUACCUUGGGUACGAUAACGAGAGCGACAACGGCGGUGAAAGCUGGAGUGAAGCGUCCAGGAACUCUGAUGAGUACAAUCGAAUCCAAACGCCCGAAUAUUCGACCUCUCCCUAAGACAGGGCCCUCAAGCAUCGCCUCCACGUCCGCAGUGUCAGGAAAAUCCCUUCGCCCCGUGACCACUGCCAAAACAGCUCCCAAACCCAGCAAAUGGGAUUGGAAGGGGAAAUACGGCCUGGCUGCUGAGGAAUUAACUUCCCUGAAAGAAAAAUUGAAGAACGUAUCCGAAGAGAAUGAGGAGCUCAAAUCCAUCACUGACGAUUUAAAGGAGCGAGAGUCUAAAAGCAGCAUCAAAGCGCAACAACUCGAAGAAGCCAAUGAAGAACUGUCGAAGGAGCUAUCCGAAACGAAGAGGAAUGCCACAGAGCUUGAAACAAAGUCUGAGAAACUGGAGUUUGAUCUUCACAAGUGUCAGGAAAAUUACAAAAACGUUUCCGAGAGCUUAAAAGACUGCAGGGAGACUUGCAGGACCAUGGAACAAACGCUGGCAUCGCAUUCGUCAGAAUUAAAAAGAGUUCAAUCGGAUUUAUCCAUGAAGAUCCAAACAAUAGGUGAACUCAGUGAUAGAGUGAAGGAACUCCAGGAGGUUCUGCAUCAAAUGGACAAAGAUCGUCGAGUUUUGCAUAAUUAUAUUCAAGAAAUGAAAGGAAACAUUCGAGUAUUCUGCCGGGUCCGUCCGAGAAUCUCGAAGGAGAGCAAUAAAAAUCUUUGCUCGAUUAACUACGUGGAUGAGUGUACGAUAGAGAUUGGAAGGGCUGAUGGAUCCGACAGUUUGAGCUGCAGUGGAAAGUCGAGGGGAACCAAACAGGAGUUUUCCUUUGACAAAAUAUUCCCGCCCAAUGCCUCCCAAGCUACUGUCUUCGAAGAACUUUCUUUGCUCGUCCAAUCGGCCCUCGAGGGAUACAAUGUCUGUGUAUUUGCGUAUGGGCAGACUGGAUCGGGAAAGACAUAUACAAUGGAAGGGGGAUGCAAUGCCGAGAUGGAAGGCAUGAUCCCCAGGACUGUUCGUCAUAUUUUCGAGGAGAUGAAGGAGUUCAAACUGCUGGGGUGGCAGUACAAGAUCGAAGCCAGCUUUUUAGAGAUUUAUAAUGAGCACAUUGUUGAUCUGCUAGAUGCUAACCAAAAGACUCACGAGAUUCGAAUGGUCGAUAACAAAGGGACUGAUUUAUACGUCACGAAUCUUCAAGUUGAGGAAAUUAAUAGUCCCCAGGAGUUACACGAGUGCCUGAGGACUGCUCAACAAAAUAGAGCAGUGGCAGCAACGACUGCCAACGAGAGAUCAUCGAGGUCUCAUUCUGUAGCCAGGAUCAGGCUCAUUGGGACUCACGCUGAGAAAGAAGAGAUUUGCAUUGGGAACUUGAAUCUCGUAGAUCUUGCUGGGUCUGAGAGGCUGAAAAAUGAGGAGGCAGCUAGGACUGCUGAGACAAAGAAUAUUAACAAGAGUCUGGCUAAUUUAGGAAAUGUUAUAUUGGCGUUACUCAGGAAACAGGAGCAUAUCCCGUACCGAAACUCCAAACUCACUCAUUUGCUCAUGCCUUCACUCGGGGGCAACUCCAAGACUCUCAUGUUGCUGAACAUCUCACCUCUCGAUGAGUGCUACAAUGAGACCCUCAAUUCUUUGAGAUUUGCAAGCAAUGUUAAUAAUUGCAAGCUUGGGAACGUCAAACGAUCAAAAACCUUCAUGCAGACCUCUGGGAAUUAGUGAGAAUCGAGUUAAGUUUGGGUUACAUUUAUGAGAUAAUUUGCUGACAUUUAUUUGACAUCUUAUUCAUGACUGCUAGAACGUAAAUAUUCAAAUAUCCAUUUUUAUUGAAUUGCGGAGAAUUUUUUUUGACCAAAGUUUCUUUUAUGCGUAUUAUUUCCUCAUAAGAGCAUGAAAAAUAUAAAAUUCUUGAGUGACUGACAAUAAUUAAUGGGACCAACAAAUUUUCAUUGACCUCUAGUGUCAGUUGAGCAUAGAUGAUGCUAUGAUAACUGAAACGCAAUUGUUAAUCUCAAAUUUUAUUACUUUGGUGACAAAUUAGUGUAAACGUAGGGUUAAAAAAUCGUAUGAAUAAAUAAAUAAUAUGAAAUAGUUAAAA